GCUUUGCCCCAAGUCAGGGUAUUUCCAGCUUUGUGGGUUUCAUUUCCACUUCUACUAGGUGGGCGGAGUGGCCUCCUGUGGACGAAUCAGAUUCCUCCUCAGCCCCAACUUCAAGAGGUGAGCCAGUGGUUCAGGGUCUCAGACACGCAGGCAGCAGCAGCAGCGACAGCAGCAGCGGCAGAAGCAGGAGGCGUGGGAAAGACCAGAGGCCAGAACCAUGGAAGACCAGCGUGACCUCAUCUCCAACCACGAGCAACUGCCCAUGCUGGGCCAGCGCCCCGGAGCCCCGGAGAGGAAGUGCAGCCGUGGAGCCCUGUACACAGGCUUCUCUGUCCUGGUAGCUCUGCUCCUGGCUGGCCAGGCCACCACCGCCUACUUCCUGUACGAGCAGCAGGGCCGGCUGGACAAGCUGACGGUCACCGCACAGAACCUGCAGCUGGAGAACCUGCGCAUGAAGCUUCCUAAGCCUGCCAAGCCUUUGAGCAAGAUGAGGAUGGCCACCCCCAUGCUGAUGCAGGCGCUGCCCAUGGAAGGCCUGCCCCAGCCCAAGAACAUCACCAAGUAUGGCAACGCGACCGAGGACCAUGUGAUGCACAUGCUGCUGAGGGCCAACCCCCUGAAGGAGUACCCGCAGCUGAAGGGGAGCUUCCCAGAGAACCUGAAGCACCUUAAGAACACCAUGGAGGGCCUGGACUGGAAGAUCUUUGAGAGCUGGAUGCAUCAGUGGCUCUUGUUUGAAAUGAGCAAGAACUCACAGGAGAAGCCCACUGAGGCUCCACCAAAAGUACUGACCAAGUGUCUGGAAGAGGUCAGCCGCAUCCCCGCUGUCCACCCGGGCAUGUUCAAGCCCAAGUGCGACGAGAAUGGCAACUAUAUGCCGCUCCAGUGCUAUGGGAGCAUCGGCUACUGCUGGUGCGUCUUCCCCAACGGCACCGAGGUCCCCCACACCAGAAGCCGUGGGCGCCAUAACUGCAGUGAGCCCCUGGACAUGGAGGAUCUGUCAUCUGGGCUGGGCGUGACCAAGCAGGAUCUGGGCCCAGCACCCAUGUGAGAACAGCCAGCGAAGACACCAGCACCCAGCAGCUCUGCAAUGACCUGUGUCCUUGCUCCCGUCCCCCAGCCCUAGCCCUACACUCCUCCCCCCUCCCCUCUCCCCCCUUGCACCUCAUUCCAUGAGAUUGGCGCCUGGCUCUCCAUCAUCCUCGGACACAACAAAUUACAUUAGAAUAGCACAGAUUAACAGUGCAGGAGGGACCUGCUGCCCAGCCCUCCAUCCACCAGCAGGGACGCACGGCCCAAGGAGGUGGACCUGGAGCUCGGCUGACCACUUCCGACCCCACAGCAGCCUCCAACGUGGAGCUCUGAGAUCCAGACACAUGGACGGGGAGGCAGGUGCAAGGAGAGGGGGUGGAGCUCCCCCAGGCCCCAGGCCCAACACGUUUGCUGUCCCUCCCCUCUGGCUUUGCAGCCUAUGGAACUUGGGGGCACGAGUCACCCUCUCCCUCUCUCCAGCAUCACUCACCAGGAAGAACCAUCCUCUCCACCCAUAACCUCUCCCCAAUCUCCGCCAGCCCCCAGUUCCCUCUAUGCAGCAAGCUUGUCAUCAGCCCUUAGGGCUGUGGUUCCUGUGAGAAUAAAGGUAGAAAGUAGACA